GUUAGCCCACGACCGAGCGGCGGCGGCAACAGCAGCAGGCUGCAGGCUGCGGCGACUCGCAUCGGCGCGCUCCUGGCGGCGCUCGCCAUCCCAGGUGAUUUGGACUCGCCAGAUCGGCUAGCUCUGGGGCCCCCUUCCUCAGCUCCCGAUCGCAACCCCUGUCCCGGGUUCCAGCACCCACCGGGCCUCCUGCCCUCCCCCUCCUCUCCACCCACUCAGUUCUCUGGAAGGGAGGUCGCGGCAGCGGCCCAGUGUCAGUGGUGAUCCUGGCGACAGCGGCGACAGUGGCAGCAGCGGUGGCGGCGGCGGUGGCGGCUGCGGCUGCCGCAGCGGCAGAGGCUGCGGCGGCGACCGUGGCCGAGGCGGUGGCGGAGGCCUCUGUAGCGGAGGCGGAAGCAGAGGUGGAGGCCGAGGUGGAGGCCGAGGCCUCCGGAAAGGAGGCAGAGGCAGAGGCCAACCUGGGGCAGGAGGGGGAGGCCGCCCGGGCGUCAGCUUUGGUGGCUGCGGCGGAGGCCAGCACUGCCGCUGCCGCCUCCGCAGCAGUGGAGGCUGCGGCGCCCCGCAUGGGGGAGCUGGAUGUGGAUGAGGAGCUAGCGGCGGCGUUGGCCGCCGAGGAUGCAGGUGCGGAAUUGGGCGGGGGCUCGGAAGGGAACCCCGAUUUUCCCAUGGCCUCUCUGUACGUGGGCGACCUGCACCCCGAGGUGACCGAGGCAAUGCUGUAUGAGAAGUUCAGCCCAGCGGGGCCGAUCCUGUCCAUCCGCAUUUGCAGGGAUAAGAUCACCCGCCGCUCUUUGGGCUACGCAUAUGUCAACUACCAGCAACCAGUGGAUGCCAAGCGAGCCCUAGAGACCCUGAACUUUGAUGUCAUAAAGGGCAGGCCAGUGCGCAUCAUGUGGUCCCAGAGGGACCCCUCGCUCCGCAAGAGCGGGGUGGGCAACGUCUUCAUCAAGAACCUGGGCAAGACCAUCGACAACAAGGCGCUGUACAACAUCUUCUCGGCGUUUGGCAACAUCCUCUCCUGCAAAGUGGCCUGUGAUGAAAAGGGGCCCAAGGGCUAUGGGUUCGUGCACUUCCAGAAGCAGGAGUCGGCGGAGCGGGCCAUAGAUGCGAUGAAUGGCAUGUUCCUAAACUACCGCAAAAUUUUCGUCGGGAGAUUCAAGUCGCAUAAAGAGAGAGAGGCUGAAAGGGGAGCCUGGGCAAGGCAGUCCACCAGUGGUGACGUCAAGGAUUUCCAGGAUGACACCGAUGAGGAGGCCACCUUGCGAUGAGCAAAGCCAAAUCUUGGCUCCCACCCGGUUUACAACCCCCCCCCCCCCAACCCACCAGCAGUGUAUUGUAUUGGGAGUGCAGGUCUCUCUCUCUUCCCCCCACCUCCCUCUCCCUCUCCCGGCCCCCUCCCAGAGUCUUUCCUCUCUCCCCCCUUUCCCCACUUCCUAGCUUCUGCCUCCUCUCCUUCUGUCCUCCCCUGCCCCGCCCCCCACCCUACCUAGGGCGUCCUGAGCAACCCUACUAAUCUGUGCCAUUUGAUAAGUUAAAGGCUGCCUCUUCUCCCUGUGGUUUGGUUCAUGAGCGCAUUUUCUGUCUCUCUUUGUUUACUGCACAGGUGAUAGAAUUUCAUGGUACAACUAUCAGAAAGGAGAAGGAAAUCAUAUGAGAGAAAAGCAAGAGAGUAGUUGCUCCCUUUGAUCCCACUUCCCAGAGAGAACCACUUUUACCUUUUUGGUGUGCUGUUUUUCCAGGCUCUCUUAUCUCCCUCCCUCUUGCCCUCACCCCACCUCCCCUCUUUACAUACUGUUGUAGAAUGGUUCAUCUAUGUGGUGUUUCUUAACCUGCUUUUUCAGCAACUAAAACCAAACAAAAAUCAACCCAUUGAACUUCUUUCCAUGCGAUUCAACAGGCUUAUGAAACGUCAUCAUCAGUGCCUGCAGAGUGCUCCUGUGUAUCCAUGGACCUUAACAUUUCUGUAAUCAUUCCCGCAUUGUUGGACAUUCAGGUGGUGCCUAGUUCUUUCCCUGUGUUUAAAACCAACUCUGCGUGCUCUGAUGAGUGAAUCCUUCCUUGUCAAGCCAAAUCUUUGCUAGCAUCCUGGAUGGUCUCCCUAACUGUGGACUUGCAGGAUCCACAUAUAGACGUUUCAGAGACUUUUCCUGUGUGUUACCAAAAGGCCCCCUUCAUAAGCAUCGUGCUGAUUUGCACUUGUGCCAGCCAGCGCAGCUAGUAAAAAGAGUAUGCCCAUUUUCCCUGCAUAGUCUUCUUGUUGCUGUAAUUGGGGUGUGUGUGUGGGGGGGGGUGUGUGCGUGCGUGUGUGUGUGUGUGUGUGUGUGUACCUUGUUCAGCUCAGAUGGGCUGCAAAUGCUAUUUCGCUGUCCUUGGUUGUUUUGCUGGAAUAGAAUACUGUUAAUCACCCUUUCCCCCUGUGUCCACUUUAUGUCCCCUUCCCUGUUGUCCAAAAAAAAUUCAGCUUCACUGCAGGAAAAAAAAAAUCACAACGCAGACAAAUCAACAGAAGAAAAUUAAUGUUGUCAGUAAUCAAUCCUAAUGACUACCCAUGCGUUCCUAAACAUGCUUAUGUGUACCUACCCAGUUUUUUUUCGUGUGAUAUAUAUAUAUGUGAAUUUAGUGUAUAUACUGUUUCAAUAUCUGCUUUUUCACACAUGAAAAUAUAAUAUAGAUUAUAGACAUAGAUGUAUAGAUAUUCUUGAACUUCCUUUCAUGUCAUUAAAUAUUCUUCUACACUACUUUCUAUGGGAGUCUAUUAUUCUGGUGUAUGAAUGGGCUAAAUACAAUGAUAGAUCAAUGUAUGUACACAUCUGUGUUAUUUUAUAUAUAGUUAUGUCUACUUUUUUUUUACAUAUUUUGUCUUUGUUGAAC